GCGGUGCCCGCCCCGCCCGCCGCCACUGCAGUGGGAGCCGGGCGAGGAUGGCGGCGGCGGCGGCCUCGCCGGCUCGGGAGCUCACGCAGAACCCGCUGCAGAAGACGUGGGAGCCCUACGACAACGGGCUGCCGGCGGGGCACAGCGCCCAGCGCGGCGUAUGUAUGACCAAUUGCCCUACUCUGAUUGUCAUGGUGGGUCUCCCAGCAAGAGGAAAAACCUACAUCUCGAAGAAGCUGACACGCUAUUUAAAUUGGAUUGGAGUGCCUACAAAAGAAUUUAAUGUUGGUCAGUAUCGUCGAGAUUUGGUGAAAAAGUAUAAAUCUUUUGAAUUCUUCCUGCCUGACAAUGAAGAAGGCUUGAAAAUCAGGAAACAGUGUGCCUUAGCAGCGCUGAAUGACGUCCGACAGUACCUCAGUGAAGAAAAUGGGCACGUGGCUGUCUUUGAUGCUACAAACACAACUCGAGAACGCAGAGAAACUAUUUACAAAUUUGGUGAAGAAAAUGGAUAUAAGACUUUUUUUGUUGAGUCAGUAUGUGUAGAUCCAGAGGUCAUCGCUGCAAACAUCGUGCAAGUGAAACUGGGUAGUCCUGACUAUGUUGAUUGUAGUAAUGAUGAAGCAACAGAAGACUUUAUGAAAAGAAUAGAGUGCUACAAGAACUCGUACGAGACGUUAGAUGAAACUCUUGACAAGGAUCUUUCUUAUAUUAAAAUUAUGGAUGUUGGAAGGAGUUACCUUGUGAACAGAGUAAUGGAUCACAUCCAGAGCCGGAUUGUCUACUACCUCAUGAAUAUUCAUGUAACUCCUCGGUCAAUCUACCUCUGUCGACAUGGAGAAAGUGAACUCAAUCUGAAAGGGAGAAUAGGAGGAGAUCCUGGACUGUCUGUCAGGGGGAAAGAAUUUGCCAAAAGCUUGGCACAGUUUAUUAAUGAGCAGAAUAUCAAAGACCUGAAAGUUUGGACUAGCCAGAUGAAAAGGACAAUCCAGACUGCUGAAGCCUUGGGAGUGCCUUACGAGCAGUGGAAGGUUUUGAAUGAGAUAGAUGCAGGAGUGUGUGAAGAAAUGACAUAUGAAGAAAUACAGGAAAAUUAUCCACUGGAAUUUGCACUGAGAGACCAAGACAAGUACAGAUACAGAUACCCUAAAGGAGAGUCCUAUGAAGAUCUUGUUCAGAGACUGGAGCCAGUAAUUAUGGAACUUGAAAGGCAGGAAAAUGUGCUUGUCAUAUGUCACCAAGCUGUCAUGCGCUGUUUGCUCGCGUAUUUUCUUGACAAGCCUGCAGAACAACUGCCUUACCUGAAGUGCCCGCUGCAUACUGUCUUAAAGCUAACCCCAGUGGCUUAUGGAUGUAAAGUAGAAUCCAUAUUCCUGAAUGUUGAAGCUGUAAACACACACAGAGAUAAACCUGAGAAUGUAGACAUUUCCAGACCUCCCGAGGACGCUCUUGUAACAGUCCCUGCUCAUCAGUGAAUCCUGUGUGCUGGUCAACUAUCGAACUUGGGAAUGUUGGUGUGGAUCGGUCAAGAGAAGAAGCUUUGAGGACAGUACCUAACCACCUAUAGCUCCCGUCCCCGGGGCAGCAGCCCGUCCUCCAGCGCAAGAGCUUACCAGUAGCAGCUCAGGGCCCGGAGAAUGGAGAAGGUGUCGCCGAGCGAGUUGGAACCAACGCGCCUCCCCUUCACUUUUAAGACAUUUCGAAUGUGAUUCGGCUUCUUUGGAGAAAACCUGUAGUUCUGGAUAACCCCCAGUGCCGAAAGGUAUCAAGUAAAAAGAUUUCUGGGAAGCCGAGUUAAGAGUCGGUUUUAGAUUUUUCGUAUGUAAACUCGUGCAGUUUCAGUGGGUUUUAUUGUUCAUCUGUGGAUACUGCAAGAUGGUUAAUUGCCCGUGUCAAUUUUACUGUCAGAUUUUAACUAGAUUUUACUUUCUUUUUUAAGUGUUUUUCUAAGAGUUCCUCUCAUUUUUACUGUGAAUGAUUGCCUAGAAUUACAUGGAGAUUUUUUUGAUGGCGUGUUUAACAUAGGUGAAAUUCUACAUUUUGAGCAUUGGAGGCUUCAUGUUGCAAAACUACUUAAAUGGGAAAGCCUGGCAGCUCCGAUAGCUUUUCUGUGUUUUAAAUUAAGCUUUGGUUUGCCAACUAUAACUUGAGUUUUUCUGAAAUGGGGAGACUUUCCCCUCGAAAAAUAAAGCUGGAUUUGCCACCUGAAAGAUUCUGCUGUUUUAGCAAGAUUUUAACAUUUUCCAGGAGCCAGCUGUAUUUUGGAGGGCCGUGGAAAACACGGUCUAAAGUGGGGGACGUGAGUGUGAGUACAGGUAGCAGGAACGCAUCGAGAGAGGAGGAGUGUCGUCCCUUCUGCUGGAGUUACAGGAGGGGAUGAGCGGCUUUUCUGAGGCUGGAAGGGAGGGAAAAAGGAUUCCGACUGUCAAGGGCUGGAGAAGCUGCUUGUCUUAUUAGUGCUGUCAUCUUUAAAUUUUUUUUUAGGCAACUUUUGGAAUGAAUUUCAACAUAAAAGUCUAUGUUUCUCUCUUAUAGCCACAUUUAAUACGUACAUCAGGAAAGAGUACAGAAAGGUUAGGUGGAGUUUAACCCUUCUAACAGCUCAUGCGAGAAAAACACCAGGUAAAUUCUGAAAUUAUUUUUAAGGUGGGCACACCUGCCUUGUGUGUUUUUCAUGUUGUUUUUAAGCACCUUCCGCUAUCCCAGUUCUUUGAUGCUCUUUUAUACCUCGUGAAACUCCAGUGCUAAAAAUGGAAUUUUCUGUGUCUGUCGAGGCCACGAGCUUUUAACCGUACUAAAUGAACGUGUAUUCUGUGUGUGCGUUACCAGACGCCUGAAGCGAGCUGCCAGCACCGCUGCUGGCUCUUAGUUCGGAAAUGAGGAGAACUAUUCUUCGGUAGUUGGACUGUGUUUUUUCUAAGGACUUCUUUCUGUUCCAUUCAUUGAGCUUUUACCGUCUAUGUUUUGGGGUUUGUUUGUUUUGUUGUUUAGGGUUGGUUUUUUUCUUAAUUCCUGUGUGAAAUACCAGACCCGUGUAACAUAGUUUUGCAGGCGAGGGCUACAUUGUCUUCUGUUUGUGCAGGGUUUAUAAAAUAACAUGCUGCUGUUGUGAUUUGUUUCAAUAAGCUAAUUUCAGCAAUAUAUUCCGCUCUGGAAGUAAGCCAUACCGUAUCGCUGGUUCCGUUGCAGAGGAGGAAUGCGUAGGGUACGGAGCGACCAGAAACACUUGCUUCAAGCGCUGCCGUCUAAAGCUUUGUGUGUGCGAUCCACGCGUGCCCUGACCCCCAUUUCACGUCUUUAUUAAUUCAGCUGUGUCCGUAGCUGUUGUGUGAGGAGAGAGACCACGCAGCUGCUCAGAGAAGUUAAUUUAUUGAUGCGUAGUUACCAAGGCCACCUGCGUGGCAAAAACGUAGAAGCGAUUUCCCCUCCCGAUGUGCUGCGUGUUCAGCGUGGGAAAGCCGGGCUGUGCUCCAGGCAGCUCUCGCUCCUCUGGACCUCCGCUGGCCGGCCGUGACCGGCAAUUGUUAAACAGUUUUUAAAUUGAGAAAGUCGAGAGUUUAUCCAUGGUUACAGAGGGCAAAUCCCAGGAGACCGUGUUAGGAAAGUGGGGUUUUACCGGCAGACUGCGGUAUUUCUUCAGCUGGGACCUGGCUGAAGAAACGUGGUGGAAGGAGAGGUUUCCUCUGGCGAGAGCUGAGCCCGAGGACUCCUUCCCUUGGCUGGCGUCACGGCUGGAGCUGUCUCCCCUCUCUCCCUUCCUUUGUUUUACCUCUCCCAACUUUCAGAGGUGCUGUAAAAUUCCUUGAGGCUAAAUGUUUUAUGUAUAGUAGGUAUUUUUAUAGCCUGCUUUUGAAUAUACUGUGAUGAGUGUUUUACUAAGUUGGGUGUUCCGUAAAAAAGAAUUGUAAACAAGUGUAAAUAAACUGUUAUGCUGAUACUUGAAGAGGGGGAAAAAAAAAAACCCAUGAAGUUGUGUGUUCUGCUUUAGGAAGGUACUAAAUCACUGACUGCAUCCACUGCAUCCCACCCUUCCUAGCGGGCGAGAGCAAGUGCAGGUAACGAAUGUAGAUUUGAAGCGAGUGGUGGGUUCUCCCUGGGGUGUCGCCACCUCUCCGGAAAGGCGCUGCCGAGAAUUGCAGAUUACGGUCACUGUCUAAAAGCUGCGCUCGUCCCUCACCCCUGACCGAACCGUCACCGACAGCGUCCUGACCUUGUGUAUUUGUACCCGUGUUUAUUUUACUGCCUUCGGACUGUUAAUGUACUCGCUAGCUCAGAUGCAGUCUCUCAAAUGGGAUUAAACUGUCUUUUCUUACAUCGUUGGCCUUUGUCGUAAUCUUUCAGGCAAAUGUAACCGUUUGACCUUUGAUCCAAGUAAUAAAGAUCAAAUGCUAGGA